ACCGACAGGCGGAGGAAAAAUGUAAACAUAAUAAAUAGCGACAAAAAAGUGAAAAGAUCUGUAUUAAGGAGGUCAUCGCGGUGCUCACAAGUGAAAAUAUGGAAAAGUGCAGUGGAAAACGCAGUGGCAGGUGCCAAAAGUGCGGGAAAACAAAGAGCCCCAAAGUGUAAAGUGUAAGUGAAGUGGGGGCAGCCCGCCCGGUGUCGUGUUUAUGUUUUUUAAAGCAUUUAUGGCCAAGAUCAGUGCCUUAUUUGUUGACUAAUUAAUUUUGUUGUGUUUUUUAAGUGCAAGUGCAAGAAAUGUAAAGAAAAUGUGUGUAUAAAAUGUGGGCAAUACCGUCGAACAUGUAUGUAGGUUUAUUUUUUCGUUUGUUUUGUUCAUUAAUUCGCCGUUGGGAUCCACAGCAAUGCAAGUGGGCAGAAACCAACAGAGAGCCACAGAGCCCAAAUGCAUUCAUAAAUUAUUCAACAUAAAUUAAAUCUAAAUGAAAGUGCUGAAAGUAAAUAAAUGAUAAGUAAAUAACAAAACCGCAGAAAUACAACAAACCUGUGCAUAGUGUAGAUCAAUACGUAUUAGGUGUAUAUAUAUAUAUGUAUAUCCCAUAUAUCGCGAGUGUUAAAAUGCUGCCCAUUGCAGCAUUCAAUAUUGUCGGGAUGUCGUCUCUCUGAAAUCAAAAAAUAAUAAUAAUAACCCAAAUCAAAAAUAUAUAAAAUAUAUACCAAGCAAGCCAAAUCAAAAUUGCAUUAAAUCGAAACUCAAAUUGUUGUCACUUCAACAAUUUGAGCUAAAAUAUAUAUAUAUAUUUAUAUAUAUAUAUAUAAAUUCGUUCCCAUCAGACAUUGAGCAACGGCCUCACAACGGAGUCCCCAGAGUUUAUGCGGUUAGAGGAAGAGGAUUUCGAGAUGGAUAUCCUACCGAGUGGAAAUAUCUUCAACGAGUUGGAGAGGAUCUGCACUACCGGCUACUUCUCAUCACAGCCAUCGAUUGAGGAUCAAUGGCAACAGACCUGCUACGAACUGGAACGCUAUCUGCGGGACGAGCCCAAACUGCAGAAGAAGAUCCACAGCAACACGGACAAUGUCUGGGACAUAUUCUCCACGCCCGCCCGCCUGCUCGAGGAGCUGAAGAUCAAGGAGCAGCACCUGGACACGAUCUCGACGACCUCCUCGGUCUCGUCCAUCUGCUCGGGCAUCUCGUGGGACAGCAAUGGCUCCCAGGCGCUCAGCUGCUCGGUGCUGGUCAAGCAGGAGCGGAUCGACGAGGAGGACGACGAGGCGGGCUGCGACGACAAGCUGGGCGGGCUCUUUGCGGCGCCGCCCUCGGCCAUCUCGCCCAACCCGAGCAUUGGCAGUGCCGGCAACAUGACGCCCACCAGCAACAGUAGCAGCAGCAGCAGCAGCAGCAGCAGCGGCAGUGCCACCUCCAGUGGCAGUGGCAACAUCGUGGCCAGUCCCAUGAGCAGCCUGGGCAGUGGCAGCACCAUCACGGUCAGCUCGCGGAACAGCUCAGCGCCGGGCAUUAAGGUGCGUGUGGUGCAGGCCAAGAGCCAUCAGGGCAGCAGUGCCAGGCUGCAACUGGGCCAUGUCCAGGACUUUGUGCUGCCUACACUCACGCCGCCCUCAUCGCCGGAAUCCAGCCUGCGUAGCCACAACUAUGCCCAGCAGCUGGAGGCCAACGACCUGGCGGCUCUGAUACAGCAGCAGCAGCAACAGCAGCAACAACAGCAGCAACAGCAGCAACAACAGCCACAGCAUGUGGCAACAUCCACGAGCAACUCCACACCCGCUACAGCAAUCCUGCGCUUCAGCAGCCAGAGCAAUCCCACGAUGACCCAGCUGCAGCAACAGCAGCAGCAGCUGGCCGUCCAGCACCUGAGCAUAUCGCCGCAGGCCCUCGGCCACAGCAGCACCCUCUCGCCCAAAAGCAGCCUCAGCAGCCUCAGCAGCAGCAGCAGCAGCAGCCUGAGCAGCAGCUCCAGCUCCAGCUCUAGCUCCAGCGGCGCCAGCGACCCGUCUCCCCACAGCAACAUUCCGCGCAGCACCAUUGUCCGCCUGACGACGGCCAACGGGAAGCCGGGAGCGGCUGGCAUCAGUCUGGCCCGCGUCAUCCAGAUGCAGAACAACGGCAAUGCCAAUGUUGCCGCCGUGCUCAGUGCAGCGGCCAACAGUAGCAGCAGCAGCAGCAGCAACAAUAACAGCAGCAACACCAGCAGCAAUACGGCAACACAGCAGCAACAGGUGCUGUCGCCGCGAGCUGAAAAGUCCUCAAACGGCUCCUCGAAAUCGCAUCACCCGCGUCAACAUCACAGCGAUCACAGCCCGGAUGCCAAGCGCCGGAUACACAAGUGCCAAUUUCUGGGCUGCAAAAAAGUCUACACCAAGAGCUCGCACCUGAAGGCCCACCAAAGAACGCACACAGGUGAGAAGCCAUACAAGUGCUCCUGGGAAGGCUGCGAAUGGAGGUUCGCGAGGAGCGAUGAGCUGACCCGCCAUUACCGCAAACACACCGGCGCCAAGCCGUUCAAGUGCCGCAAUUGCGAUCGAUGCUUCUCGCGGUCCGAUCACCUGGCGUUGCACAUGAAGCGCCACAUGUGAGGCGAGAUCUAAGCCGGGGGUGAGGAGGAUGCCGCGGGAGUCCGGAAAAGCCAGCGGCGGGGGACGGGGGACGGGGAGUUCAAGCGGAAACUGUGUGCCAUCAAGGAACGAUGAAAAACUUGCGUAACGCUAAUCAAAACCACUUAAUUCGUGGAGCUGAGGAGAGGGAGCGAGAGAGCUGGGGUGGAAAAUAUGAGGAGGAGGGAGAGGGGAAGUGAAAAAUCAAAUGAAACAUCACAACCAACACAAAGCACAAAGAUGGAAAUUCAAGUUCUCUGAUUCGGAUUAAUAUAUAUAAAUAUGUAUUUGUGUUGCCGCCAUUAUUGUCGCCGUUAUCGUUUUCGUUAUGGUUAUAUCGUCGUUAUCGUUUCAAUUGCAAAUUCGAUUUGUUUCAAUGCCUUGUUAAGUGUAAGUUAAGCUAUAGCAGCCUGAUCGCAUUUCCCCCAUUCACACCUAGCAUUUAGCCGCAAGUUCUGAACAAAAACAGCAAAAAUUGUGUACAAUUUACCAAAGCUAAGCAGAUUUCUUCAUAAGUAAAGCAGCAAAUAAAAAAAAAACAGCAAAAGCAAACAAACAAAAAAAU